AUGAAGCACACUAGAGCCCGAAACGUCAUUGAGCGUGCAUUCGCCGUCCUUAAAAUGAGGUGGGGCAUUCUCCGGAGUUGCAGUUUCUAUCCGAUACAAGUUCAGAUAGGGUUGAUAAUCGCAUGUUUUUUGCUACACAACUUCAUACGAGGUGAGAUGGCAGUAGACCCAAUAGAAGAGCUGAUCGACGGACAAGCUGGUUGCGAUAUGGAUAACGAAGAUGCUGAGGACGUUGUUGAAUACGUCGACAGUGUAGAAGCAACUACUGCAUGGAAUAGGAUGAGGGACGAUCUAGCAGCUUCAAUGUGGGUUAAUGCAAAUGCAGCGUGA